AUGUCUAACAAGGGAACAACAGUAGAUGAUGGUGAAAUUGCAAAGUUGUCUGAAAUUAUAGAUUGGUGGGAUCCUACCGGAGGUAAGAAAAUCCUCCACGGUCUUAAUAAAUUCAGUUUUUCACUAGCACAAAAAGAAAAUGCUUCAAAACCUUUGGCUAAUUUAAAAAUAUUAGAUGUUGGCUGCGGGCCCGGUCUGCUAUCUGAGGAAUAUGCAUCGAAAUAUCCGAACAAGUACGAUAUCGUGAUAGCUUCCGAAGUUGUAGAGCACGUAGCGAAUGUAGAACUAUUUCUCAACUCUUGCGUCGAUACACUUAAGCCUGGAGGAAAGAUCUUCAUCACAACAGCGAACAGAACGCGACUCUCAUUCAUCUCUCAUUUCAUCGUAAUCUUUCUGUUUGAGGAAGUCCUAAGAAUUUUUAAGAAGGGACUCCACGAUAUAAAAAAAUUCGUUACACCUGACGUCACAGCAAUGCUUAAUAAGAAUGAAGAAGAAAUAAAUAAGCAUAAAAUGUUGAAAGAUGUUGUAUGGGAUCCACACGGUCGUUGUGUGACUUUACACAGCUUGAAUCAUCGCAGAGUCCCCUACAUCAUUAACGGCCUUAUAUCAAAACCCGAAAUAAGAAAGUCACCACAUCCUCUAGCAGAUAAAAAAAUAUUGGAAGUUGGUUGUGGAGGCGGUAUUCUUAGUGAGGGUUUAGCCAAAGUCGGGGCAGUUGUAACGGGAAUUGAUCCAUGUCAAGAAUUGGUUGAUUUAGCCAAAGAACACAGCAACAUUUACCCGAAAGUAGCAGAGAAUAAACCGACCUAUUUGUGUACAACUAUUGAGGUUCACGCCCAAAAAUAUCGUGACUACUACGAUGCGGUCAUAGCUUCCGAAGUGAUAAUGCAUGUCGCAAAUAAGGAUUUAUUUCUUAAGCAAUGCAUAGAAACAUUGAAACCGGGAGGAAAAAUCUUUAUAACAGCACCAAAUAAAACGAUAACCUCGAAAAUCGAAAUUUUCAUGUUGGAAAAUGUCUUCAAAGGUGCAGCUAAAGGCAUUCAUGAUUAUGAAAAAUUCAUGACACCUCACGAGAUAUCAAGGAUUUUAGAAAAAAACAACUGCACAGUUAAUAACACGCAUGGAUUAGUGUUUUAUCCCUACGUUGAAAUAUGGCAAUGGGUAUUCUUUCAAUCCCUGUGGUUUGCACUAGAAGCUACAAAAAAUGACUAA